AAUACGAGCAAAUACACAGUUGUCUCUUUUAGAGAAAUAUAUCCAAAUAUAUCCUAUAUUUAUUCUUUUAUUAUAUAAAAAAAAAAAAAAAAAAUAAUAUAUGACAUAAUAAUAAAUAUUAUUUCUAUAAUAUUGUAUCUACUUUAUGAGAAUACUAUAAACGAAAUAUUACAUAAGUCAAUAUAAAAUAACGCUAUACUUAUUUGCAUCCAUUUUUAAAAAUUAGUUUGCUAUUGUAAGAUAGCAUGAAAACAUACCCUGCAUCUUCAAAACGACGAAUAAAAUUAAAAAAGGAUAUAAAGUAAAUUUUUAAUUUGAAAUAAUCAAUUUCAAACAAAAAUAUCAAAAAGUCAUAAAGUGGUUAUAUUUCAAUGGAUGCCUACCGAUUUCUUUAUAUACCUAAUAUAGGUUAAUGCGUCAGAAAUAAAUGCUUUGUUACAAUUCGAGUUCUUUCAUUUUUGUAAUUGGUGAAAUCGUAAAAAAUUAAACAAAAAAAAAAAUAUAUAUAUAUAUAUCUUCGAAAAAUCGUAUAAUUAUAUUUAAAAGAAAUCAAAUCAAUACAUGUCAAUACAAACAUACAAUGAGUUCUGAUAAUGAAGAAUUAAUGUUGACAAACGAAGAAGAUGAUCUUUUUGAUGAAAUAUUAUGCAUGAGUACAAAUAUAAAAACGCAUGCACAAUCGAAGAAGCAUGUCAAAAUAGAGGAUAAAUCGACAAAUAAAAAUAAUUGUACAAAUGAAUCAGAAGCAAAAGAAUUGAAAAUUCACAAUGCGUCGCAAAUUAAAAAAAAUGAUAAUAGCGGAGAAUGUCCCAAAUAUAAAAGUAUCGAACAAUCUGACAAAUUAGACGACAAUGUACCAUCGAUUCAUUCAAAUGUAAACAAAAGGCCAAGAGAUACAACAUUGGAUACACGAAAUCCUAAAAUAUCAUGCCUUAAACAUCGCGAUGAUUCAAGUUCUACAACUAAUAGUACAAAAAUAUAUCCAGUAGAAAGCAAUAAAAAACGUGUAGAAUAUGAAACCGAUCCUGCAAUACUUGCACGGAGACAAAAAGAAAUAGAUUAUGGAAAAAAUACUAUUGGAUAUGAUCGAUACAUUCAAACCGUUCCAAAAGAGCAACGUACGAGAGAUCAUCCAAGAACUCCUCCAAAAUACAUUAAAUAUAGCAGAAGAGGAUGGGACGGAAUGAUUAAAUUAUGGAGGAAACAGCUUCAUUAUUGGGAUCCUCCGCAAGAAAAUGAAAGUACUGAACAAUGAUAGUUAAAUAAAGUUGGUCAUUUUUAUAAGAAUACAAUAGAAAUAAGGUAUUGAAAUAUAAUUAAAACAGUAUUAUGUUAUGAUAAAUUAUGAAAACUAUAUACAAAAGUGUUCAUAAA